AUGAGGUUUCUGAUCUCACUGUGUGUGUCUCUACUGCUGCUGAUUAAUGGUGAAAUGAUCAAUGGACAAACUUCAGUUGCUUUCAGCAGCAUCAGCAGUGAUCCCUGCUACAACUAUGAGUCUCUGGAUCGUCCCUGGAGAGCCAACACCGGGUCCCAGUAUUUUAACAUAACUUUUCCAAACUCCAUAACAGUUGCUUUCAGCAGCAUCAGCAGUGAUCCCUGCUACAACUAUGAGUCUCUGGAUCAUCCCUGGAGAGCCAACAAUGAAAGUGGAGAUAACGUUUGUGAUGAACAUUUCUCCUGGAAUGGCUGGUACCGGUUUUUCUACUAUGGAAUGAACAUCCAGAUGUCAGAGACCUGUGUUAGUUCAUACAGCUGUAACACAAACAUCAAUCUGUGGCUCAGUGGUCCUCACCCUCAGAUAGAGGAUGGGGUGGGGAUUCAAGGGGUCUGUGGUUAUUAUUAUUAUUGGGAUGACUGCUGUUAUUACAAGAUAAACCCCAUCAGAGUGAAAGCGUGUCCAGGCAAUUACUAUGUCUAUGAACUUGUGAAUCCACAAAUCUCGUGUUCAGGAUACUGCACAGAUGUCAGCACCAUUUCACGGCCGAUUUCCACCGCAAGUCCAAAUAUAAUUACUGGAUUCAGCAUUACCUCGAAUUAUGACCCGUGCAAUAACUACAACAUACUCGACAACCACUGGAGAAGCACACUCAAUUACGGGUAUUGGAAUGGCGAUGCAAAUGGACUUGAUGACACUCGUGUAGAAUGGGAUGGCUGGUAUCGGCUCUUCAUUGAUGGAUCAAGUGCUCAGAUGCCUGAGUGGUGUUUGACUUACAUGUCAUGUGGAGGUUUUAGUGGUCUUCAUCUUGGUGGCUCUCAUCCUCAACUAGAAGAUGGAGUUGUUAUUCGUGAAAUUUACGGCUCUCGCUAUGAUCAGUGCAGUCGCUACAGAUCUGAACCAAUCCAAGUUAAAGCUUGUCCUGGAAAUUAUUAUGUCUACAAAUUUACCAGACCAACUCUUUCAAUCCCAGCUCCUGUAUAUUGUGCAGCAUUGUUAACCACUCCAAGUGUUGACCCCUGCUACAGCUACACCAGUCUGGAUGAACCUUGGAGAGCCACUGACAACUCUUACUAUAAUGACAAUUACUACUCUGGCAUGUGUGAUUAUAAUGUGGAGUGGAAUGGCUGGUACAGACUGUUCUACAAUGGUCAAAAUGCCCAAAUGCCAGAAUCAUGUGUUAAUUAUGGCAUGUGUGGCACUCAUCACCCACUAUCACUCAAUGGCACUCACCCACAGCUGGAAGAUGGAGUGGUCACCCGUCAGGUCUGUUUAUCAGUGGGUGGCUGCUGUGAUUACACAUCCCACCCUAUAAGAGUCAAAGCCUGUCCUGGAAAUUUCUAUGUUUAUGAGUUUGUCAAACCAAUUGUUUGCAGUGCUUACUGUGUUGUACCAGAAGCCUCAGGCCAGUCCAUCCAAUUAGUUUCUACAACAACAGAGAGAAUUCCACCCAUAGAAUCCAUUACUCCACCAAUCACAACCACUGCUCCCCCUGUUGACCCCUGCUACAACUACAAUGUCCUGGAUGAUCUAUGGAGAGCCACCAACAAUCAACAUUCCUCUCAAAUAAUGUGUGACACUUGGGUCAGCUGGAACGGCUGGUACCGUCUCUUCAUUCAGGGUCAGAGCGUUCAGAUGCCAGACACAUGUGUUGAUGAGUUGAGUUGUGGCACUAUUGCUCCACUGUGGCUGAACGGAGGACAUCCAACAGUUGAGGAUGGCGUGGUCACUCGAGAUGUCUGUGGUCACUGGAGCAAUAACUGCUGCUAUUUCCAAUCCAAUCCCAUUAAAGUCAAAGCCUGUCCAGGAGGGUAUUAUGUCUAUGAGUUUGUGAGCCCAACUACAUGCAGUUUAGCAUACUGUGCAGAGACAACCACAACCGAAACUACAGCCAAAACCACAACCACAGCCAAAAUCACAAGGACUG